AACACAGAUGCCGCCUUGCUUCCAACCAUCAGUUAUCCUGCCUUUGCAGUCGACGAUGAUGCUCUCUACACUCAAACACUCGACAAGAUUGUCCGUAAACUAUGGGGCAAGUAUGGAUUUAAACGGUUCCUCCGUGAUGGCUACCGCACUGCAAACGAAGACAAGAAUCGGCGCUACUACAAACCUGCUGAAAUGAAGCUUUUUGAUGGAAUCGAGUGCGAGUUUCCCAUGUUUUUCAUCUACAUGAUGAUUGACGGGGUGUUCAGAGGAAAUAAGGCACAGGUCAAAGAAUACCAGGACCUCCUUGAACCCAUCAUCUUCUGGUCUUAUGAGGGUCAUGCUGUGAUUCCCAAAUACUACUAUGUACCAGCUGAUUUUGUGGAGGCCGAGCAGAACAAACAUGGGAGCCAGAAGCGUUUCCCAAGCAACUCGGGCCGAGACGGCAAGAUGUUCUUAUGGGGUCAGGCUAUGUACUACAUCGCCAAGCUUCUAGUGGAUGAGCUAAUCAGCCCCAAAGACAUUGAUCCCAUCCAUCGAUAUGUGCCGCGGCAGGAUCAACGCAAUGUCAGCAUGCGCUACUCGAACCAGGGUCCCAUAGAGAAUGAUGUUGUGAUUCAUGUGUCCCUGAUAGCUGAGAGCCAGAGACUGCAGGUGUUUUUGAACACCUAUGGCAUUCAGACCCAGACGCCUCAGCAAGUCGAGCCAAUUCAAAUCUGGCCACAGAAGGAGCUGGUCAAGGCGUACCGUUUUCUAGCCAUCAAUAAGAAGCUGGGGUUGAGUGGGCGUCCGGACAGACCUGUGGGCUGCAUCGGAACCUGYAAGAUUUAUCGUAUCCUGGGAAAGACAGUGGUGUGCUAUCCAAUAGUGUUUGAUCUAAGUGACUUUUACUUGUCACAAGAUGUAAUGCUGCUGAUUGAUGACAUUAAGAAUGCCCUGCAGUUCAUCAAACAGUGCUGGAAGAUGCAGGGACGUCCCCUCUUCCUGGUUCUCAUCCGUGAGGAUAACAUCAAAGGGAGUCGCUUCAACCCCGUCUUGGACAUGCUGGCCUCGUUCAAGAAGGGCGUCAUUGGAGGAGUCAAAGUUCACGCAGACAGACUGCAGACGCUGAUAUCUGGGGCAUUUGUGGAGCAGUUGGACUUUCUGCGUGUCAAUGAAGCAGAAAUCCCAGAAUUUAAGAGCUUCGAGGAGCUGGAGCUGCCAAAGCACUCAAAGGUGAAGAGACAGACGAGCACGCCGAACGCCUCCGACCUGGAGCAGCARCCGGAGAUCAGCGUGGAGGAGUGGCAGAACAAACCCACCCAUGAGAUCCUGCAGAAGUUUCAUGAGUGUGACUGCUUAGCCAGUCAGGCUCAACUUGCCAGCAUCCUUCUUAGAAGAGAAGGGCCUGACUUUCUUGCCAAAGACGAGAACCUGAUGGACGAACUGGAGAGAAUCUACAGAAGAGCUGGCAGCAGAAAACUUUGGUCUGUUGUCCGUCUUGCUGCCAGUCUCUUAACUAAGCUAGUGGAUAGCCUUGCCCCCAGUAUUACUAGUAUUUUAGUACAAGGCAAGCAGGUGACCCUUGGUCUAUUUGGCCACGAGGAGGCAGUGAUCUCCAACCCCCUGUCUCCAGGAGUCAUCCAGGGCAUCAUUUACAGCAAGUGCUCUCCUCAUGGAGGAGAGAGGGAAGCUGUCCUCCAGCAGGAGCUGGUCAUCCACAUCGGAUGGAUUAUCUCCAACAACCCUGAGCUGUUCAGCGGCAUGCUCAAAAUCAGAGUCGGCUGGAUCGUUCAGGCCAUGAAACAUGAGCUGAAGAUCCGAGCUGGAGACAUGCCCCCUCAGGACAUCUACCAGCUGUCUCCCAGCGACAUCAAGCAGCUCCUGCUGGACGUCCUGCAGCUGCAACACACCGCCAGGUCUUGGCUGAACAGACGUCAGAUUGACGGCUCUCUGAACAGAACCCCUCUGGGCUUUUAUGACCGUGUGUGGCAGAUCCUGGAGAGGACUCCCAAUGGAAUUGUGGUUGCUGGGACUCACCUCCCACAGCAACCUACGCUCUCUGACAUGACUAUGUAUGAGAUGAACUUCUCCCUGCUGGUGGAGGACACGCUGAAGAACAUCAUUCUGCCUGAGUACAGACAAAUCAUUGUGGAGUUGCUGAUGGUGGUGGCCAUAGUUCUGGAGAGAAACCCAGAGCUGGAUUUCAGUGACAAGGUGGAUCUGGAUGGACUGGUGAAGGAAGCUUUUAACGAUUUCCAGAAAGAUCGCAGUCGCUUUGAAGGGAUUGAAAAACAGGAUGACAUGCAGGCAUUCUACAACACCCCACCUUUAGGCAAAAGGGGUACCUCCAGCUACCUGACCAAGGGAGUUAUGACCCAGCUGCUACAAGGAGACGUCAGGCCCUGCAAAGAUGACCCAUGUUCUGUUAGCUAAACAUACAGCGCUCAAAGGCUUGGACUCUGACCUCUCAGGCUUGGUUAUAUAGAUUCCCACAAUAAUCCUUUAUGUUUGUUCUAGGGUUUUGAAAAAAAAACAAUUCUUUCUUCUUUUGUAUUUUUUUAGAAGCCAGCUUCAAAAGUUCUGCAUGUGAGCCUCUGAGCUAAUAAUAUGUAGGACUCUGCUAAUGAACAAGGCUCAGAUGUAACAGUUCAAGCUGUGCAAUAAAUCCCAUUUGCAUGUGUCAGCAGCUGCUAUGGAGCAGCUGAAAGUACGAAACUCAGCAUGAGAAUUGUGGGUCUUACAUUGGUGCUUCGGGCACUCAGGAGCCUUGAACAUGUGUCACUUAUCACCUAAACCAGAAAGCACUUGAAUCAAAUUUUGUUUCGUACAAUUUAUAACAAAUGUUGAUAUCCUCAUAAAAAAAAAUAAAGAAAUUUGUAGACUUUUGUCUUUCGGUGAUUCAGACAUUUGUUUGGCAGAGAUCCUCUGCACAUGAUAAGAAAUAGACUGUUUUUGUAACUUAUUCAGUAUACAGUAUGUAAAUCUGCUCUGAAUAUAGAUAUAUAUGUUUAGUUAUUGUUUGAAUUUGUAGUGUAUUGUACUGACUUCCUGUUUGAGGAACAUUGUAUUCUCUCUUAUGCAGACUCUGUCAGUAGCUCCUGUUUGCUGUAAACACUGUGAGAGAUUUUCUGAAUGUAAUUGGAUAUAAAAUACCUUUUAGUGGUCUUUGUGGGCGGCGGCACCCUGUGUGACAUUGACUUCUGCUAAUUCAAAGUCCUGGGAGAGGAUACCCUUCAUACUCUGAUGUUUUGGUGACAAGGUUGCUUCCAACUUUCGGUCGGAGUGAUUAAAGGCUGCUGACUUUGUCCCAUUUUGUACUCUGUUUCCUUGAAUGUUAUCACUAUGACUCGACCCAACUUGUCACGGUACAGAAGUGCAUGUUUCUGAGUUAUGUUUUCCUCUGGCUGUUUUAAAAGAGUAUUUUUUUCUUAGAAAAUAAAGUUAGACUGGAAAAUAUGAA